AUGCCUAGAUCUCGGAUAACUGGAAAUUUUAUUGAUAAGACUUUUUCAGUUGUAGCCAAUAUCUUAUUACGAAUAAUUCCGACAACUUCGGGAGAAAAAGAGGCAUUUACUUAUUACAGAGAUGGUAUGUCUGCUCAAUCCGAAGGAAAUUAUGCAGAAGCUUUACAGAAUUAUUAUGAAGCUAUGCGGCUAGAAAUUGAUCCCUAUGAUCGAAGUUAUAUACUCUAUAAUAUAGGCCUUAUUCACACAAGUAAUGGAGAACACACAAAAGCUUUGGAAUAUUAUUUUCGGUCACUAGAACGAAACCCCUUCUUACCACAAGCUUUAAAUAAUAUGGCCGUGAUCUGUCAUUACCGAGGAGAACAGGCCAUUCGGCAGGGAGAUUCUGAAAUUGCGGAGGCUUGGUUCGAUCAAGCCGCGGAGUAUUGGAAACAAGCUAUAGCGCUUACUCCCGGAAAUUAUAUUGAAGCGCAGAAUUGGUUGAAAAUCACAAGGCGUUUCGAAUAA